AUGACCACUCACAACUGCCAACAAUAUCUCGAAAAGGUGAAAAACGUCGACCAGGAUCUCCGUGGCAUGGCAGUCAGCGACCUGCUGAGCUACUUGAAGAGCCCGGAGGCCAAGCUGAGCAAUGUAGAUGGCGGCUUGUACUCAGAAUCACUUGUUAACUCGCUGUCGGAUCCUCAAAGCUACGUACAGAACCUUGCUAUUGAGUGCCUUGGCCAGCUUGUUGGCCUCAUCGGUACCGAUACAGUGCUAGCCAUCGUCAUCGCCAUUUGCAACAGCAUCAAGAGCAAAGGCAAAUACUCAGGCAACAGUGCACUGAGUAUGGCACUGCGGGUUGUGGUCAGUCGUGCUGCCGAGGACGUCAGCAACAGGAGCGCGUUAGCGAACCAGGCAACCCCCAUCGUACAGGCUCUGGACAAAUCAAACAGCCUGCCCGCUGAUGUCACAGUGGACAUCUUUGUUGCCCUGUCCGAGAUUCUGACACAUGCCGGCGACCAUCUUGCUGCCGAUGCCGACACUGUAGCCAAUGUUCAGACCCAGCUUCUGGGCUACAUCAGCCACGAAAGCAUUCCUGUGCGUAGGCGCGCCAUUGAGGCGUUGGGCAAGUUUGUUGUCAGCGUGCCUGGUGAGCGCUCCGACCAAGCCCUCGACAUUAUCUUCAGGCGGUAUUCUACCAGCUCGAGUGAUAGCGACAGCGUCAUUCUGCUCCGCGUGCUCGUAAACAUCACUCGCCAGAGCCCGUCACGCCUCGCAAACCUCAUUCCUACAAUUAUUGACGCUGAGCUCAAGACCGUCGACGAGAGCGAGAGCGAACGUCGUGUCGCUUCGUUGAUCGCCCUUGAGACUAUUGUGCGUCACUGCCCUGAGCUCGCACAGGGUCGGCGCGACGAGAUCUACGACAGUGCCAUCACGGCGCUGAAGUUUGAUCCCAACUACAACUACGGCGACGAGGACGAGGAUGAGGACGGCGCCGAUGACGGGAUGAUCACUGGAAGCGACGAAGAUUUUGGCGACGAUUUUGACGAUGAUAUUUAUGAGGACGACCAGGACGACUCGUGGGAGAUUCGCCUCAAUGGCGUCAAACUGCUGUCUGCACUUAUCAAGAGCAAUCUUUACACACCUGACAACAUGGUGAGCCACAUCGGUGCAGCGCUAAUUGGCUGCUUUAAGGAGCGCGAGGACAUUGUGCGCGCAGAGAUUUUGUUGGCCUAUGCAACCAUACUCGACCUGCUAAAGGCACCGGUUGACGUGCCGUCAACUGUUGCCAUGGAUGUCGAGAACAAUGUGCCUGAACUUCUCUCGCAGCAGACUCCCCGUACCGUGUCAGCGCUCAUUUCGGCAAUAGGGAGCUACCCCAAGGCGACCGAAACCAAGCAGCUAGCGUUUACCAUUUUUAGCAGGCUCGUCGUCAUCCACAACUCUAUACUGGACGCACACCUGUCGACCAUCACACCCGUUCUGGUGUCAACGCUGGACGCCGAGGACACUGCUGGCGCCCUGCAGUCUGUGUCGACCAGCCUGGUUAAGACCAAUCUGAAGCUCGACGUGCUCGAGUUCCUGCGCGUUUUCCUUACUCGCAAAAACAUGUCCGAUGCCGCCGCCGAGUUUGUGUUUGUUGCCAAGGACGGGAUCACAAAGAGCGUCUCGAGCAAGACAUUCCAAGUUCCAGCGACCUCUUUCGACGUUGCCGCCAGCCUCGUCAAUCUGCUCCGCCAGUCUGCGGACAACGAUGCAAGGGACAUUUCCCGGUUUAAUGGUUGGAUCCAAGAGAUGGCGGCUCUUUCUCUGUCGACCGCCAACGCGACCGACAAAACCCUGCGCACCAGAGCCUGCGUCUUUAUCGGCACGCUGCUCCGCCAGUUUGGCGAUGUGGUCGAUGCCUCAGCCGUCGACCAGGCUUUGAAAAGGCUCACCACGUGGAAACACGGUUUCACACAUAACUUGGUGCUCAUCAACGCCCUUGUCACUGCAGCGAGCCAGCCCACCCGCCUGCCUCGUGCCAAGGUGCUCGAGAUCGCGCCCUCUGCUUUAGAGCAAGCUGUCGGUUUGCUUGGGCAGAACGACCCGGCGAUCAAUGCCGGCGCGCUUGAGAUUAUCAAGCUUUUGUCUGGCUACAGCAGCGACAUGCUCCCCGGAAUCAGCGACCGCAUCUUGCAGGGCGUGAUUGACCUUAUGAGCCGGGCUUCCGUCUCACCACCCUCUCUUGCUCUGCAAGUGCUCGCUCAGGUGUGCCCCUGCGUGUCCAAGAGCAACAUCCAGGAGGUUAUGCCCACCCUCAUCAAGCUGACAUCCGCUGUGGUUGUAUAUGAGCACCAAAGCUCCAGCGCGCUGGGCGAACUUUUCGAGAACCUCGGCCGCAAGUUCCCGGACACCGUUUCCUAUUGGAACGCCGAGUUGAUCAACAACUGGCGCGCUGCCUACGCGCAGUUUAUCAAGCAGCGCAACUCCAGCGGCAGCGAGGCGAUCCAGGCGCAGUUCCCCAGCCAGAAUCUGGCCAACGCGGCAAAGAGCAUUUUGGCGUUGUACACGGGCUACUACCAGGCCAAGGGCCUGGCAUGGUCUAACGACUUCUUGUCUAAGAACAUCAAUUUAGUGCCACAGUCAGCUGGAGGUGCCUCCCUCGCCUGCCUUGCCCUGCGCACGCUGGGGUAUGCAGCUCUGCGCGGGAUGCUUGCUCAGGACGAGCCUCUGAUCAAGCAGCUGAAUAAUCUUGCAGAGUGCAAGAAUGAAGAUGUUCGCAGCGAAGCGGAAAUUGCUCUCGGGAGCCACGCUGGCAGCAACCCCGACACGCUGCCCGCACUGUUUGCCAAUGCCACCAGCGCAGACUCAACCGGUGCGCUGAGCAUGUUCCAGGCGGUCAAAGUCGCCAUCGAACAUGUGGUCGGCACCAAGCGCGACAGCUCUGUUGCCAGCGACAUGUGGGCACAGGUGACACAGUACGUCAAAUCGGCUGAAAAGCCACUCCCAGAUGCCGUUGCCCAGAUCCUGGCCGUGUUCGCUGUGUCUUUCCCGACAACGUAUAUUCCGCAGCUCGCGGCCUGCAUCGGCGCCAGUGGCAGCAGCGUCGAUGCCAGGCUGACCUUCAUCACUGCGUUCCGCACGCUGCUUGCCGACAAGCAGCUGACCCCGGCAUGCGAGGAGCAGAUCGGGCUGGUGCUACCUACCGUUCUCGCCAACAUCAGCAACAUCGACGUCAACGUGCGUAAGCUGAGCCUCCUCGCGAUGUACACCAUCAUCCAGUCCAAGCCUGCGCUGAUCGAGGGCAUUGUCAGCUCGAUCCAGCCGGUGCUCUUUGCGCAGACCAAAAUCGAUACGUCGCUUAUCAGGACCGUCACAAUGGGACCGUUCACUAAGAAGAUCGACGACGGCCUGGAGGCGCGCAAGUGCGCUUACCAGUGCGUCCACGUGCUUGUCCGCAAAAUGCCUGCUGCCAUCAACACCAGCGACUUUAUCGACUGCGUGCUGCGUGGCAUGGACGAGGAGCAGGAGGUCCGCGCGGUCGUGCAGCAGAUUGUCAGCGAGUCUGCUUCCUCGCUAACAUCAGUUUAUGCAGCAAACCUUGACGCGCUGCUAUCGGUAAUUGCAGCAACCCUGGAGAAGAAGCCCCACCCUAAGGCCGUCAAGCACGAGCUCGAGCGGUUCGAGGACAUGAUUCGGUCCACUGUGGGCAUUUUGGUCAGCCUUGAGCCUGCCUCGAAGAUGCCGGGCAUCAGAGCAUCCAAGUACAAGGAUCUGGUUGCCAAGGUGGCGUCUUCUACUGAAGGUAGCAUGUCCGUCUACUACAAGGAGAUCAUUAGCACGCAGGGCAGCGCGUCUAAAUAG